AUGGGUAACAGUCAAACAAAUGAAAAACAACCUAAGACUGGGAAGUCACCUGCCAAAAGUAAACAUUUCAUACGAAAUUUGAAUAGAAAAACACAAGGAAGGGAUAGCAAAAAACAUGGAAGGAAAAAGAACGAUGCGAAACGUGAUGUAAUAGACAGAGAGUAUGAUAAAACGCCCGAUUCUGACAACAUAGAAGCGAUAGACGCAUCCGACAAUGGCACGGUCGAGUGCGUGUUCAAAACAUUGGCGCGGGAAGGUGAGCAGGCGGAGACGGCCAGCAUGCAGUCGGAGGUAACGGUGACCAGGUGCUCUGAGUUCGAAGCGCGGUCAGCGACCCGCGACGAACCGUCCGCCACUGCCGCACCCGCGCCUGCCGCCUCGCCCUCUACCUCCGGCUCAGUGUUCACCGACCCGUUCACGCCGCUUGCCGUCGAGCUCAACCAGUGUUACUACUCCGCGGAGAGCGAUAGCGCGCACGACGAGCCCCCGCGUACCCUUACGGCGACAUCAGCGCGCGCGCAGUCGCUCACUGCUACCGACUUCGCGGAUAUGCCGCAUGACGACACCGCCUCUUUGCUGUCAACAGAUGACAUGGAAAAAGAAGAAAAACGUGAUGUUUUCGAUGACAGCUGUGACAGUAACAGGGUCGAGGAUGAAAAGGUUAUGGGCGGUUUAUUGUCGGGAUUGCGCGGUGGGAACCUCAACAGGAGUACGCACGAGUGCGAACAUGAAUUUCGGGAUAACAGGCUGAAGGCAUCUCCAGGGCAAACUUCGUUCACAGUCUCAAGACAUCGCAAAGUAGAGUUGCCUCCUGUCGUUGUAGACACUUCGCUCAACAUAAACGACGAGGAGAAUAGACGUCAUUCAAGUUUAACCGACGCCCUUAUGACAGAUUCCAACGUUCUGCGGAAGGUCGCUUCGCUUACCCUCGAUAGGCACGGGGAAUUCAAAGUGUCCAGGCCGAAGUUUGUCCCGGAGAAACUAGAUUUUCAGCUGUACGAGAAAUUUGAAGGGCAGAUGCUUCUCAACUGGUUUGUGUCAUCAGUUGCAGACACCAAUACUUUUAAGCAAACUGUAAAUACUCAAGACCUCAAAAACCUUGGGAUCCAGUACUGCACGGAUUUACUGGCUGCUGGAGUGCUCCGACAAAUAUCUGAUAAAAACGCACCGUUGGAGAAUGUAUUCAAGCCGAAUCUAAUGUAUUACUGGGCUCACAUGGAGCUGCCAGUAUCUCAACCGCUCACUCCAGGUCGUCUGCACAUGUGUGCUUGGCCACCGGAUAAAGAAAUUCAGCCGGAAACUAGCCACAUCAUAGAAAAAAACAGAUUCUUCAGCCAAAACAACAAUGAAGAAAUUAAUGACCUUGCGGAAGCAAAACGCAUCAUCUCACAACUUAAACAAAAGCUACAAGAACUAGAAUAUCAACUCGAAAAACUUAAAUUAACAGCACAAAUAGAAUUACUCAGUAAAAAUAUAGAUAUAAUAAAUACGGAAUCGAAAUCACACCUUAAACCAGUUAAAUGGGGUAUAGCCAGCAAAGAGGUACAAACUUGCGAUUUAGCCAGUGAACUAGAUACGCUACAUAACAAUAAACCUGUGAUAAAAAUACCAGAAAAUGAUCCUUUAAGAACAAAUGUACAUAGUUUUGAUAUAAGUAGUGUUUAUGAAAACGAAAAAGAAAAUGAAAUAAAAGCUGAAGUAACAUCUGAAAAACUUGAGAAUUAUUGUAAGUUAAACAAAAGUAGAGAUAUUAAUAACUCUUUUCAAAAAGAAGAACCACCAGAGAACAUAGAAAAAUUAUCAAAUACAACAAAUAGUGAAAAUUUACAUGCCACAUAUUCAGAACUCACUACAUCUGGUAGAUUAUACGAGAGCUCUUCAGAUGCAUCUUUUUGCAGUACAUAUACAUCAUCAGAGUUAAUUGACACCCUUACAGAUUCUGAUAGAAACAAAUCAACUGAGACUAAUCUGCAAAAUCUUAUUAACAACCAAGUUUUCUAUACUUCAAUUACUGAAAAACAUUCCAAAUCUAGCCAAUCUGUGCCCUCUGAAGAGACAAAUACAACAAACACAUCAGAUUACUCAACUUCAAAGUCCCAACUUGAAGCUGCAAAUGACUGUUCUGUGUCUCGUAGUUUACAUGAAGAAAAUGCAAUAGACCAGAAAGAGAAGGAAACGUCUAUCAACAAUGUAUCGCUGUUACAAAUAAGAACCAGCUCUCCUGAAACUUUGCAACAAACAACCAAUACGUCCACCUUAUCUAGAACGUGUACGUCGCCAACUACGAAAUAUUUUCCUUCCCCUCCCUUACUGCCGCCAUUGCCAGAGAUGGAUUCGGUAUCUUUUAUUACGUCUGACAAACAGGUAUCCCAGCCACUGGCAAGAUCCGAUCAAAUAUCAUUUCCUGCCACCGAAUCACCUUUACCUCCGCCUCCGAAGUCCGAAAUUGCGUCACCUCCGCCACAAACGCAAGAGGCGGGCCCACCACCCCCACCGAUGCCUGUGACGGGCCCAUCUGUUCCACCUAUGUCAGGCAUGGGCCCACCUCCCCCACCGAUGCCUGGGAUGGGACCACCUCCCCCUCCGAUGCCUGGGAUGGGACCACCUCCCCCUCCGAUGCCCGGGAUGUGCCCACCGCCUCCACCGAUGCCUGGAAUGGGUUCUUUACCGUUGCUCGUGCAGGGCACGGAAUUAACGCCACCGACAUCUGGUCCACCACCGCCGCCUUUGCCAGGUGGAGGGCCCCCUCCUCCUCCUGGUACACAAGCAACCGGGCCUGUUCCAUUUCCGGCGCCACCCGUGGGAGGAUGGAAUAUGCAAAAAGCUACAUUGAGGAAGAAUCCUGUGAAGCCAUCUGCACCAAUGAAACCGUUGUAUUGGACUAGAAUAUUGGCGACGCCAUUGCAACAAGCAAACCACGGCGAACAAGAUAACAACACAUUAAAACCGUUAUGGCUCGAAAUAGAAGAAACAAGCUUAGAUAAUAUUGAUGAAUUCACGGAUCUUUUCUCGCGACAAGUAGUCAAAGCACCAGUUAAGAAAAAAGUUGAAGUUAAGACCAAAAUACAGCCGGUGAAAAUUUUGGAUAGCAAAAGAUCUCAAAAUGUUGGAAUUCUUGCUCAAAGUUUACAUGUAGAAUUUUCUGAAAUAGAAAAUGCUAUUUAUAAUUUUGAUAUGUCAGUUGUAAGUUUGGAAGCGUUACAACAGAUUUAUGAGCUGCGAGCAACAGAAGAGGAAUUAGCUUCUAUAAAAGAGCACUUAAAGUGUAAACCUGAAACGCCUUUGGACAGACCCGAAGCGUUCUUGCACGAUUUAUCUAGCAUCCCACAUUUCGCUGAACGUAUUUCGUGUUUUAUGUUCCAAGCAGAGUUCGAGGAUGCUAUUAGUACAACAAUGCAUAAGUUGGAUAAUUUGAAACAUAUUUGCGAGUUCCUUAUGACAAGUGAACCUUUAAAGAAGUUAUUUGCGAUCAUCCUAACGCUCGGCAAUUACAUGAAUGGCGGCAAUGGACAACGCGGACAAGCCGACGGGUUUGGUUUGGAGAUACUUGCAAAAUUGAAAGAUGUCAAGUCGAAACAAUCCAACGUGACACUACUACAUUUCAUAGUGCGAACAUACAUGCGAUCCUGCGGCGGCGCGUUGGCGCCGGCCUGUGUACUGCCGAUACCGGAGCCAGGCGACGUGGCGCGGGCGGCGGCCAUCGACUUCGCCGACGUGGGAGCAAACCUUGCUACGCUGCAGAAUCAAUUAGAGUCAUGUAAAGAGAAGACGAAGACCGUACUAGAAACGGAUGUUCAAUCGCACAGCCCAGAAGAGUUUCCUAACGAAAAUAAAAAGCGUCUAGAAGUAUUUAAAGACAAAAUGACAACGUUCAUAAACGCGGCGGAGGAGAAAUUAAAGACUGAACACGAAAAUUUAGAAGAAUGUCGAUCAAAGUUUAGAUCAACUGUUAAAUUUUAUCAAUAUUCGUCCAAAGUCGGCAAAGCGGACGAAUGUGAGCCUCAAGAAUUUUUUACUUUAUGGAUAUCGUUUUGUAGUGACUUUAAAGACAUUUUCAAGAAGGAGGAACAAAUAGCUAUAAAAGAAAAAUUAAAAGAAGCCAAAAGAAUGCAGGAGGAGAGAAAAACUUGUACCCAACCGAAAAAAGAAGGUGGCUUGAAGGCGCGCUUACAAAAAUUAUCUAAUGCUAGGAAAAGCUAAGCUUCUUUUAUAUAUGUAAUGUCAUAGUAUUCGCACAAAGAUUUAACAUUUUAUUAUCAUUCCUUUUAGUUGAAUUUUGAAAUGCUUUCCUCUGUAAAUGUACCUGAAUGCUAUAGUAAACAAUUAAUUUUAAAUAUGUAUAAAUUAUACAGAAAUUACAACUAUUUACGAUGAUUUGGAAAACCAUGUCGCACACACGACACCAAAUAUUGUCGUAACUCAGAAUUGUGCAAUUGAGAAAACACGAUUUGAAAAUAAAAAAAUAGAAUGAAACCAAUAUAAUAAAU